CCCAAUAUAAAUCCUAACGUAAAUAAAAAAAAUAAAAAAGGACGACUUGCUCUGAUUCUGAAGGCAGCGACUGCGUUUUCAUCUCCCACAUCAGAAGCUCUCAGCUGCACUGCAACUUUGCAACCAUCUGCCAUGGUUCUUCUACAGCUAGAUCCGUUUCUCAAUGAACUCACCAGCAUGUUCGAGCGAAGCACUGAGGCGGGCUCUGUUUGGGUUACACUUAAACGAUCAUCCUUGAAGUCUAAAGCGGUUAGGAAUAAAAUGGCAACUGCUGGUGAAGCAAUUGAGUAUAGAUGCCUUAUCCGUGCCACCAAUGGGAAAAAAACAAUCUCUACUUCGGUUGGAGCAAAGGAUCACCAGCGCUUUCAAGCUUCAUAUGCAACUAUAUUGAAGGCUCACAUGACUUCCCUGAAGAAGAGAGAAAGGAAGGAAAAGAAGAAAUCCGCGGAGGCUGAUAAGAGAGAAGGCACUUCAAAGAGGCCUAAGAAAUCUUAAAGUAAUCAACUUUUGAUGCCUGAGCUUCUGCACAGACUUCAUUUUUUGCUGACUUUAUUUUCAUCUGCAGGAUGCUAGGUCCCCAGUUUUAUUUUACUUCUUUUUUGUUAGUAGGCAAAGUGAGAAGUGAAGAGAAAUAGGAUGAGGAACAGGGAAAAUGGGGUCGGGGAGGACUUUUUACAUUCUAGAGCAAUUUCGGGUUUUAAGGCAUGUGAUUGAUCACAUAUAUGCUUUCCUUAAAUAGAUGUUCAUUGGUUAGCAAUAUCUCAGAAUUUUGCAUCAAUCCCCUUGAAGAUUAUAAAUUGAAUCUGUAGAUUAUAUUUAUUUUCCCCAAUAUAUUUUCUGAGUUAAUA